CAGCGGUCAUUUGCAGUAUGCACCGUCAUAUCUCCGAUGAUGGGAUAUCGCAAGUACUAUCAUAGACCGCGCAUCGAGAUCAAUCUCAGCGAAGAAGAGGUCUUCGCAAUCGAUUAGCUUAAGGAAACCGUUGAUCUUCUCUUGGUGGUAGGAUGGGUUUGGUGGAUUUGGUUAUGGUGGGAUUAUGCUUGAACGCCACUUGCAUGGAUAUGGAUUAUAUGGACGAUGAAGCAAAUGAAAUUUCGCAGGCCCGGAAGGAUCGCUUCAAAGAGUUGGCGUCGGAAUUGAAGAACGAACAUUUCAAGAUCACAACUACAGAGAACAAGCCACUCAGUUACACCGAAUACGUUAAUGACACUCUCGUGGGUCGCGGAUCCGCUUUCCAGUUCAUAGACAUCUUGAUGGACAAGUACGGAUUCACCUACGAAGUGGUCAAACCUAGGCAGAACAGCUUGGAACAGGAUGGAGACGGGGUAUUCUCACAGCUCAUUCAUGGGGAAGCUGAUAUUGCGGCUGCUUUUCUACCGGUGAUGCCUGCUUUUUGGGACUUCAUCGACUAUUCGAGGGCAUUGGAUGAAGGCGAAUGGGUUGUGCUGAUGAAGAGACCGCCGGAAUCCGCGACUGGUUCAGGUCUUUGGGCACCUUUCACCCUUGACGUGUGGAUUCUGAUUCUCGUCUCGUUACUUGUCGUUGGACCUAUUAUCUAUUUCCUCAUUGUUUUGCAAACGCGUCUGUGCAAAGAGGACAAAGCGCCGAUCUAUCCGCUACCAUCGUGCGUCUGGUUCGUGUACGGCGCUCUUCUGAAACAGGGUAGCACACUCUCACCGAUUACUGAUUCUUCGAGAUUGUUAUUUGCAACCUGGUGGAUAUUCAUCACUAUAUUAACGGCGUUCUACACCGCCAACCUUACCGCCUUUCUGACUUUAUCCAAGUUCACUUUACCAGUGAACAAAGUUGAAGAUAUCGGAGCGAAGAAGUAUUCCUGGGUCACGCAUAAAGGCAGCGCCAUCGAGGAAUCAAUCAAGCAGAUCGACGAGUUUCGCAACGUUUUUCUCGGAUCUAAAAGCGAAUACUCCGAUGAAUCUGGAGAAGAGAUGCUGGCCAAUUGGGUUCUGAAGAGGAAUUACAUGUACAUCGGAGAGAAACCGAUCGUUGAGUACUUGAUGUACGACGAUUACAUGCACCGCACCGAUCCAACUAUAGCAGAGAACGACAGAUGCACGUUCGUAAUCACGAAAUGGGACGUCUUGAGGAUUUCACGAGCUUUCGCUUUCAAGAAGGAUUUUAAAUAUUACGAACUCUUCAACGAGCUUAUUCAACAUUUGGUUGAAUCGGGUAUCAUCAAGUAUAAACUGCGCGAAGAUCUGCCGAACACGGCGAUCUGCCCUCUAGAUCUCGGCUCGAAUGAGAGACAACUGCGAAACGCCGAUCUCCUCAUGACCUACGUCAUAGUCGGCGCUGGUUUCAUUGUUUCUCUGACCGUUUUCCUCAUCGAAUUGGCGGUGGCUCACUUCAAAUCCAACGAGUUGAAGGUGCGCACACCGAAGCUGCAGAACCUCUUCACAGAGAGCAACAACAAUAACAACAACAAUAAACCGAAACGGAACCGGAAGGCCGGCUUCGAGUUUGCCAACUUCGAAGAUAACAACCACGUGAAUGGUAAAUUGUGGCACGAGAUGGAUGGAGCCGUGCACCCGCCGCCUCCACCUUACCAUGCGUUGUUCCAUCCGCCCUUCGCAAACAGCCCCAACGGCAUCAAGAAGAACAUCAACGGAAGAGACUAUUGGGUCGUCAAAUCCGUCUACGGUGAUACCAAGCUCAUCCCCGUCAGAACACCCUCAGCACUCUUAUUUCAGCACUCACAAAGCAAUAAUUAG